CGACAGGAGAGGGCGAGAUUUCAUCAAAAUCAGUCAACAGGUGAGACAGCGCGUACAAAAUCGGAGUGUGCUCGUGGGACGCCGCCUUUAUCCGGAGCAUGUCGCUCUCUCCCUCUAGUGAAACUAAUGGACCGCCUUCACGCGCCUCCAGCUCCAGAAACAGGGAGAGAUUGCUUCACACACGCACUUCAGCCUCCUCCGCGUUCGCGUGUGCGCGCUCCCGCUAAUUCUCCAACCCUGGGGGAUCGAAGAGGAAGACACUUGUGGCACAGAGUGAUGAAGAGCAGCUGCUUGUAUUCACCACACAGUGAAACCAUUCAGAUUUACUGAGCGCUGCACUCGGAUCUCCAAAGUUUCAAAGAGCCGACCGAUGUGGACAGAUGUGCUGAUCCCGAUCUGAAUGUUCUUCAGUCCAUCAUCAAGUAACAAUCUCUAUUGACAGACAAAAGAGAAGAGGAAGAUCACUGGAGGAGAAGAGAAAGACAGAAGGCUGUUAGAAAGCAAAGAUAGAGGAAGAAAAACAGAGAUAUGAUGGAUCCGUUACCUAUGGAUUCAGGAACAGUGGACGAGUUGGUGGACUUCUGCAUACAAUCCUUUGACAGUGAAGGCAAAAUAAAAGAUCCCUCCUUUGUGAAAAUGUUUCUGAUGAUGCAUCCUUGGUACAUAUCCUCCACCGAUCUGUCCAAGAAACUGCUGCUAAAGUCACAGGAAGGCAGCACUGAUGAGCUCAGAGCCCAAAUAUGCCACCUUGUAAAGUUCUGGAUUUCCGAAUAUCCAGUAGAGUUUGAUCUGAAUCCUGCUUUGGCUGACCAGAUUAAAGACCUGAGAGAGAACUUGAACACUGGCGGCAAUGAAACACAGAGUCAGCUUAUCGAUGUGGAGAGUGUGCCCUCGUAUAAAUGGAAACGUCAGGUUACCCAAAGAGUUCCAUCAGUGUCAAAAAAGAGAAAAAUGUCUCUUUUGUUUGAUCACCUGGACCCCUGUGAGCUCGCUGAACAUCUGACCUAUCUGGAGUACAAAUCCUUCUGCAAGAUAAUGUUUCAGGAUUACCACAGCUUUGUGAUGCACGGCUGUACGGUGGAUAACCCCAUCCUGGAGAGGUUUAUCACGCUCUUUAACAGCGUCUCGCAGUGGAUUCAGCUGAUGGUUCUGAGUAAACCCACCGCACCGCAGAGAGCGGCUGUGAUCGCACACUUCAUACGGGUCGCACAGAAACUGCUGCAGCUGCAGAAUUUCAACACACUGAUGGCGGUGGUCGGGGGUCUCAAUAACAGCUCCAUCUCUAGGCUGAAGGAGACACAGACACACAUCAGCAACGAAACCAAUAAGAUAUUUAACAGCUUGUUGGACCUGCUGACGUCUUGUGGAAACUACAGUCAGUACCGGCGCCGAUUCGCUGAGUGCACUGGUUUCCGAUUCCCAAUCCUGGCUGUAAACCUCAAGGACUUGAUAGCGGUUCAUGUCGCUCUUGUGGACUGGACAGACCCACAGAAGACCCGCGUCAACUUGAUUAAAACUCAGCAACUCUAUGCAAUCCUGCAGGAACUGGCUCUCGUGCAAAGCAAUCCUCCUAACAUCGAGGCCAACACAGACUUACUCAAUCUUCUUACAGUGUCACUGGAUCAGUAUCACACAGAAGAGGAGAUUUAUCAGCUCUCAUUACAGAGGGAACCCAGAGCGGCAAAACCAGCGAACUCAACCUCUUCCUCCAGUCCAGCUCCUAAACAACUCUCAAUGAUCGACGAGUGGGCAGCGUCGGUCAAGCCUAAAGCGGACCCUGCUAUCAUCAGCAAACAUAUCGAGAAGAUGGUGGAUUCUGUGUUCACGAAUUUCGACACGAACGGCGACGGAUUCAUCUCACGCGAAGAGUUUGAGUGUAUCAGGAAUAACUUCCCUUAUCUCAGCAAGUUUGGAGAACUUGAUAAAAAUCAGGAUGGAAAGAUCAGCAGAGAGGAGAUGAUUGAUUACUUUAUGAAGGCCAGCUCUUUGCUCAACUGUAAGAUGGGCUUCAUACACACCUUUAUUGAGACCACAUACGUGAAGCCCACUUUCUGUGAACACUGCACUGGCUUUAUAUGGGGCUUUUAUAAACAAGGAUACAAAUGCAAAGUCUGUGGUGUGAACUGUCAUAAAGCAUGUCAUGGACGCCUGACGAUCGAAUGCCGUAAAAGAACGAAGAGCAUCAGUCAUGAGACUCCACCGUCUCUGCAGUCCAGAUCCUACAGCUUCCCUCUGCCCAGCAAUGCCCCGUCUAACCUGCAGAACCAAGUCAUCACAGAAGAGGAUGUUGAAGCAGCUGAGCAGGGUGUAUUUGACUGUCAUCUCUAAACUGCAUGUCAACAAGGAGUCUUGUAUUGGGUCAUGUUUCUGAAGUUGAAGUCAAUUUUCAUCGAAG